AUGGACAAGAGUAUGCUGGGAGAUCUGGAUAGUCUUCCUGAGGAAGACAAGAUCAAGAUGGCGCGAAUGAUCGACCAGCUCCAGGUCAGCGACAGGUUGGUUUCCUUCCUCCCAUGCCGUCUCCUUUUUUUUCUCUGAUUUUUUCCUAUUUUUUUGUACUAGUUGGCAUCUGUUCAUUAUUUCUUAAUCUCAUUCAGUAAUCUCUGUUGGUGUUGCUUCUGUUUUUUCCUUUCGGGGACUCUCGGUGCUCAACAUUCAUCUUCACUUUAGUUGGAUUUGGUUUUUCUGGUGCACUUCUUCGCAUGGUGUAUGUUUUUUUUUUGGUAGAAGCCGUGUGGAAUGGAGUGGAAAUUUCUGAAUCAGUCGGCUGUUUAGGAGUUUUGAGUGUCAGUGCUGGGAACUACUGCUGAAGCGUAGAUCGGUGUUUCUAGUGCUUUCGGGCUGUCGUCUCUUCCGUAUCCGUCUCACUUGCUUGUUAUUUUUUAGGCCCUUCGCAUUGUGUUCGUCGUUGAUGCGACUCUUAGCUAUAGGUUCAAGAAUGUGUACAAUCGUUUUUAAUCGCUUCAUAGUUUCUCCACCUCCAGGUGGGCGAGAAUUAAAAUGCUUAACAAGAAUCUUUGAUAUUUCCAUCUCAGAGCCAGGUCGAAUCAGUUUUAAUUACAUUUUAUUUAACAAGGAUCCUGCUCUCACAACUUUUUUGUGAAAUAUUAAGAGAUUUUUUGUCUCCUGUGUCUUAAAUUGUCUUGACAAAUUCCAUUAGCCUCUGAACCUUACACAUCUGCGAGAGCAAGGCAUCAUUCUUUGGAUUAAGCUGAAUUCCUUUUUAUGUGCUGUGGACAAUUGCGAAGGAGCAUUAUGAACACAAAAUGCGUAGAACUGUGCUCAAGAGGUCUCCAACCAGUAGAAGUUUGAAAAAUCUGCAGUUUUGUCACUGCGGAAAUUCUUAACGAUAAGGCUACCGAAGUUCCAUCUUUCUCUCUGCUUCUUUUUUUUUUUUUUUUUUCCUUUUUAGAUUUCAACACGACCAUCGACCUUCUGUCCUCAGUAUAUUUCCCACUCCUACUUAGGACAUAUGAGUGUCAUUGAUCCCUUGUUUUCAAUGUCCAAGGAUUGACAACCAAGAAUUUUGGAAAGCAAUUCCCUUGGAAAUUCAAGAGUUUCUUGAGCUGGAAUAUCAAUAUUUAUUCGAAUAUUGAGGUUUAUAUGUGGACAAUUAUCUCGCAGCUUGAGGAUGUACAAUUCCCUUGUGGAGAUCUGCUUCUCCGACUGCGUGGACACCUUCAGACGUAAAACUCUUGACAAACAGGAGGAAACCUGUGUCCGCCGCUGCGCCGAGAAGUUCUUGAAGCACUCCAUGAGAGUCGGUAUGAGAUUUGCAGAGCUCAACCAAGGUGCGGCCACUCCUGAUUAA